AUGAAUGACUCCGACACUUCCUACGACUACGACUAUGACGACGAAGCAUGCGAAAAAGGAGAGGUGGUCAAAUUUGGCUCCAUAGCAGUUCCUGCUUUCUUCUCAUUUGUAAUUACUCUAAGCCUCGUCGGAAACCUACUUGUCCUCGUCAUCCUGGCUUUGUACGAGAACCUCAAGUCCCUCACCAACAUUCUCAUCCUCAAUCUGGCCGUGUCAGACUUGGUCUUCACCAGUGGUCUUCCUUUUUGGGCUAUCUACCACAUGUGGGGAUGGUUGUUCCACAAGGCACUCUGCAAAAUCGUUACUUUUGUCUUCUUCAUCGGGUUUUACAGCAGCGUCCUUUUCCUGACUGUCAUGACCGUCUACAGGUACUUGACGGUCGUCCACCCGCUGCGUGACCUGAAAACACGAAACGUAACCAAGGGGAUUCUGGUGUCUGUCUUUCUGUGGAUCAUCAGCGUCGGAGCAGCCGUGCCCUCGUUGAUCUUCAGUAACAUCGUUUCUAUCCCCCACAAGGACGAACCCUCCCUAGGCUGCGAGUAUGAGGACGAACUGUGGGCAACUUUUGGUGUUUCCCAACAGAACGUCUUCUUUUUGGCCUCUUCUGUAGUCGUAGCUUUUUGCUACUGUAGAAUACUUGGUAGAAUCAGAAGAAGCAGAUCGCACACCAAGAGUCGGGCGGUAAAACUCAUCUUGUGCAUCGUGGUAGUCUUCUUUCUGGGUUGGGUGCCGUACAACGUGGUGAUCUUUCUGAGGCUUUUGGCUGACAAAUUGGUUCCACCUUUUGAGGAUUGUGAAGUUAGUAUCCGGCUUGAUUAUGCGUUUUAUGUGUGCCGGCUCAUUGCUUUUUCCCACUGCUGCCUCAACCCGGUGUUUUACGCACUAAUCGGCGUGAAGUUCAGAGCUCACUUAAAGAGAAUGUUCCAGAAAAUAUUCAGAGGGCCCGACCCUGUUCAGAUACAAGGAAGGAUGCAAAACGUUAUUUCACAGGGAUCAAUGUACUAG